UGUGAACUCCUCGAAUGUGAUUUUUAUGAGCGGGAAUAUUCAUGGGGAAAGUAAAGAGAACCGAAACAGUUUGUGUUCGUCACAUUGUCUUGUGUUCAGUGUUACCAGUUUAACCAUGGGAUAUGGAUACCGGUAGUGAAUCAAAGUAACGGUAGAAAACUUUUCUUGGCACGUUAUCAGCAAUAACCAGGCUAGCUAACAAGAGACAGUUUCAAAUCUCACAGUUAUUUCUGUGAAGCCGGGACAGGAACAUGGCUACAUCAUCAGUGGAAUACACCAUUGGGGGGGUGAACAUCAGCUUCCCCUGCAAGGCUUACCCAUCCCAGCUGGCAAUGAUGAAUUCAAUUGUACGAGGGCUGAACUAUGGGCAGCACUGUUUGCUGGAGAGUCCCACAGGAAGUGGGAAGAGCUUGGCCUUGCUCUGUUCUGCUUUAGCCUGGCAGAAGGCUCAGUUUGCUAAACAACAAGAACGAGGAAGCCCAGUGGGAGACAAGAGCCAGUCAGAUAAAAACUCUGAGGGCUAUAAGAAGUCAGAUGUCACCACCUGCUGUCAGUGUGUGUGCCACAGCAGAGCCAGUGGGACCUCAGCUACAGCAGCAGUCAAACCCGUUGUUGUGGACCUCUCUGUGUCACUGUGUAAAGAGAUGGCACAGCAGCUGGCUCCAGCACCUGAACAUAUGCUGUUACAAGAGGAGUCGCAGCCCAAGAAACAGUCUAUAGCCUCUCGUCUGUCUGAGAAGUUACAGUCUUCCCUCAGCUCUGACUCCAAGAAAGAUGAUGACUUCCAGCCAGACAGGAAACGCAUUCGCACUGCUGAGCACAAGAGCCGGAAAAAGCAGCGUCUGGAGCAGGGAGUGGUCUUCAUAGAUGAUGAACCAGAGCUGGCAAAUGAAACCUCGAGUCAGAGUUGGGCCACAGAGCCAAACAGCCUUGCAGCCGGUUUUUCUUCAGCAUGCAGUGCCCCUGAACUGUGCUCCCAGUGCCCAUGUGCUUCAGCCAAAGAGGGUGUGAAGGACAAAGACAAAGAUGGCAAAAAGAAGAUUCCUAAGAUCUUCUUUGGCACUCGUACUCAUAAACAGAUAACUCAGAUUUCCCAUGAGCUGAAACGUACAGUUUACUCCAAAGUGCCAAUGACCAUCUUAUCCAGCAGAGAGCACACCUGUGUUAACCCAGAGGUGGCGCCUCACUCCAACCGCAAUGAACGCUGUAAGGACCUGCUCAACGUCAAGGAUGCCAAGUCGUGCCGCUACUACCAUGGUGUCCACAGGAUGCGGGAUCAGAGCACACUACAACGGGUCCAUGGGCUACAUGAAGCCUGGGACAUUGAGGAUCUGGUAGCAGUGGGCAAACGCCUUUGCUCAUGCUCUUACUAUGCUGCCCGCGAACUUAUGCAGGGUGCCCUCAUCAUCUUCUGUCCAUAUAACUACAUACUGGACCCAAUGAUCAGAGAGAGUAUGGAAAUCAACCUGAAAGGCCAGAUCUUGGUGCUGGAUGAAGCCCACAACAUUGAGGACUGUGCAAGGGAGAGUGCCAGCUUCACGUUAGACUACAAAAGUCUGCUGAUGUUCAGGGAUGAGCUGGACGGCAUGGUCAAGAACAACAUCAGACGCUCCAAACAUGAACCACUCAGAGACUUCUGCUUCAGCCUAAUCAACUGGAUCCAGGAGAGCCAAAGCCUGAUGUGUGAAAGAGGAUAUGAGCUCGCAAGUAAAGUCUGGAGUGGGAAUAAUAUAUUGGAUAUCUUUCAGAGCCUGGGCAUCACUGCGGGUACCUUUAACAUUCUAAAGAGAAACUUGGCAGCAGUAGUGGAGGAGGAGGAGUGUGUUGGUGUGGUUAAUGGUAGAGAGGACAGAGUGCAGAUUCCAACCAUCAGCUCAGCUACCGCCACUGUCCUCAAAAACUUCUUCAUGGUUCUGGAUUUCCUCUACAAGGACAACUGCAGGUUUGCUGAAGACUACCGGGUAGCUCUGCAGAAGAGCUACACUUGGACAAACCAGGCUCCACCCGAUGUCCCUGAUGACCAGGGCUUUUUUGUCCGGCCACGCAGCAGACAACGCAAGAGCACCCGAGUCAAGACAGAAGUAUUGACACUCAGCUUCUGGUGUUUAAACCCUGCUGUGGCCUUCUCUGACCUGAGUGGGUCGGUGCACAGCAUUGUGCUGACAUCAGGAACCCUGUCACCCAUGGGCUCCUUCUCCUCUGAACUUGGGGUGAAAUUCUCCAUUCAGCUAGAGGCCAGUCAUGUCAUCAACAAGUCCCAGGUUUGGGUCGGCACUGUUGGUGCAGGACCCCAAGGCAGAAAACUCUGUGCCACCUUCCAACAUGCUGAAACUUACACCUUCCAAGACGAGGUGGGUGCCCUGCUGCUCCAUGUAUGCCAGGUCGUGACCAAGGGUGUGCUCUGCUUUUUGCCUUCUUACAAGAUGCUGGACAAGCUGCAGGAUCGAUGGACCAACACUGGUCUCUGGGAGAAGCUAGAACAACAGAAAACUGUCAUCACCGAGCCCCGCAGAGGCAGCAAGGGGGAUUUUGACGAACUACUUCAGACUUACUAUGAUAUCAUCAAAUACCAUGAAAGAGAUGGUGCAUUGCUAAUUGCUGUAUGUAGAGGUAAAGUGAGUGAAGGACUAGACUUUACAGAUGACAAUGCCAGAGCAGUGGUCACCAUUGGAAUCCCCUUCCCAAACAUCAAAGACCUCCAGGUUGAAUUGAAGAUGAAGUACAAUGACCAACACUGCAAGUCCAGAGGUCUUCUCCCAGGCCAUCGUUGGUAUGAGAUUCAGGCCUACAGGGCUCUAAACCAGGCCCUAGGCAGGUGUAUCCGCCACAGGAAUGACUGGGGUGCUCUGAUUCUAGUGGAUGACCGUUUCGGGAAUAAUCCCAAUAAGUACAUUACAGGUCUAUCUAAGUGGGUUCGCCAGCUUGUUAAGCAUCAUGACACCUUCAGCAGUGCUAUACAAUCUCUGGUAGCAUUCUCUCAGGUGCAGCAGAAAGUGAAGGUGGCCCCUGCAGACAGCCAGACACCCUGCUCUACAGCCUCAUCUUCAAACAGUCACUUGCCUGUAACUCUAGAGGAACAGGGUCAACAUCAGUCACCUCACUCACAUGUCAAACUGCCUGAAGCUGAGCAAAAUGAGAAAGAGACACAUGAGAAAAGAACACCUCAGCCUCUGUACCACAUUUUCACCUCCAGCCCCAUUAGCACCUGCCUCAAGAAGGCAAUCUUUAAAGAAAAAGCACCCAGUAAUCCCAGCAAGCACUUGGAAGCACCUAAUCAUUCUGAGCACCACCAGAUCUCCUCUCCACAAGAGAAGACUGAGGUGUCUGGUCUUAAACAAGGGGCAGAAGACGCAUCCAGUGAAAUCAAAGUGGAGCCACACAAUCUGGCUAUGGAGCUGUCUGCAGUAACAAUCCCAUCCAGCUUUGAAAGUGAAGCACCCUUAGCAAACAAUCCAGAUGAAGAUGAUACAGAUGAGGACCAGACCAUCUUCUUCACUCCAGAACUUUUUGAGGUUGAAGGAGAUGAAGACAGUCCACAGAAAGAGACAAAGGAAGAGUCACCUCCCAGGAUGGUUUUAGGGGCAGAGAGCUCUGCUCCACUGUCAGAAGAACUUUUUAGUUCUGGGCAGGCCCAAGGGCAAGCAUCUGGUUUUGAUGGACAGAAUCCUAUUUCAUUGAGUAAGGAGAGCACAGAGCUGUCACAGGAACAUAAAGAGGAAGUCACAGGACAAAAGCAAGGUGAGGAGAGAGAGCAGGUGGAUAACCAGAGCAGGCAGUCAGGCAGGAGGCUCAGCCGGCUGUCCAGGUCCAGGCAGAAGCUUCCCUCCUCUCCAACAGGUGGAGGUUAUGAAGUCAGGAGCGUAGGGAGAGUCAGUCUUCAGCAGACUGAGACCAGGAGCAGCCAGAGGAGGACAGACACAGCCAGAGCAGAUCACGAGUUAAAGGUACUGACCCAGGGUUUGAGGAGCAGACCAUCCAGAAUCAGAGACAGAGGAGCAUACAGCUCAAGAAAAAACAAAGAUCAACAGAAUGCUUAUCAAGCACAUCAUCUGCCAGAGGGUCAGUACGAUAGCUGGAUUUCCUGCCGACAGACAGAGCACAUCUUGAAACAAAGAGUGAACCCUAAAGUGACUGACUUAGGAAAGUCCUCUGUGGGUAGAAAAGAACACAAAGCUCUUAAAGAAGUGUCCACCACACCUGUUAUUCCUACAACAGCUGAGUUUGACAUAGUGACUCCCAGACAGGAAGAAUUAGAGAAUCUGCAAAGAGUUGUAGCAGCAGAGUGUAGUCAUACUGGUCUAGCAGAGCGUGGUCCAGGAAGUCAGCACACUAAACCAACAGCUAUAAAAGUACAGAGAUCUUGCAAGCAGAAACGCAGGAGAUUUAACAAGACCUCUACAAAAAGAAAGAGAGUCAAAGAGCAGAAACCGUGCUCCUUGGGACUCUACUGUUCUGUGUGUGGAAAGGAACUACUUCCUGUGGCACAUGGCGUGUUACGACGUGCGGUUUGUGAAUUUGAACAUCUAACUUGUCUGAGAAAUGACAGAUGUCAUCCUGCAGCAGUGACCCACCACUGCCAGUGUACAACACAUCAGCCAUCAGUUUCAGACAACUCAGGCUCACUCCUGCUGGUCCAAAGUCUCACAUCACUUAAGGCCCUAAGGACUGCUCUGCAAACCUACUGUGAUAAGAGAUUAACAGCAUAUAAUGCCAUCUGGAAUGCUGAGGAGUGCUCUGUUACCAGAUUUCUGCAGUGCAAAGGGUGUUUGUCUCAAAGCCCUGUUCUGUCUACAGAUUUAGUUGCAGCAGAGAUCCACUUCCCUCAAGACUUGGCUCAAGAUCAGAUAUGGUUGGCCCCAGCAGCAGUCCACUUCUGCUCUCUCAUCCAUGUUAACAGCUGAAGCUUAAACAGGACCAGAACGAGAAGAUCACCAACAGCAGUAGAGUUUCUUUUUGCCUCUGUCUAAAUUCUUAUUUUUGGUGUCAGUACAUUUAUAACACUUCCUGUGUGUAAAUCUGUGUACUGUCAUGUUGCCAGCAAUUACUAAGGUACAAAUAAAUGGCAUUCCAAGGGAACUGUUAUGUGAUUCUUAACAAAAACUUUGUAAUGGUUCACACCACAUUUUGAGAGAAACAUAUUUCCACCCAAAUUAAGUUGUUUUUUUUAUGUUUUUUUUUUUUUUUGAACAUGAGACAGGAUGUGUAUCAUCUAUUAACACUUAACCAAAACCACAGUCUUUCCUUAACCAAAGUAUUUAUUGCCUAAACCUACCCACAUGGUAGACUGGUCUCCGGUAUUAAAUUCCUGUGCUUUGUACAUCCACCAUCCACCCCAACCAUCUCCCUCUGACUUAUGUGUGGUACAAGAACGUAGGACUUUCUCCAGUGGAAAAAAUGCAAGUGAACAUCAUCCAGGCUGAAGUUAUAUUUCCCUCCAGUGCUGUUGUAGUACAUUAACAUAAUUUCUAGGAGACAGACUUUCCAUACCAGUGGUUUUGCAUGUUUUAUCCGAUUUACUGCAAAUCACAUACUUCAUACAUUACAACUAACCAUUUUGCAAAAGAUGCUUAUGUGUUUUAUGUUUUUGGAUGUUUUUUUAUUCCAGGCAGCCACUGGUAUCCACCUUGUUUCUGUGAAUGUAUUAUCUUGAAAUUUUGCGACAAAUCUGACAAAAGUUAAUGCAGACUUCUGCUGUGUCCCAAAUCAGAUACCUCACUUAAUACAUGUCCAUUCAGUACACUGUUUACACAGCACACUCACUGGCUGUGACUGGGUAGUGUUGUCUCAAAUCAAACAUGGCAGCUGUGCACUCAUCUGGAAAUGGCGAUUGCAACAUGUAACCUCCAUUAUUGCCUUCUA